AUGGCGGAUUCUACACCUGUUCAACACGUUCAAUUCGAAGACGAAAUCCAACCUGUUAAGACGAGAAAUAGUUUGACUGUCUACUCGCAAGCGCGCAAUGACCACUCGGCUUUGGACGAGAAAGGGGAGCAUGUUGAUCUUGAGGAUAGGGCGGCGGUUGAGAUUGCAAAUGAGGAUCUGAAUAAGAAGAACAAGCAGGAGUCAUCUAUGGUGACAUUGCCUUCUUACGAUGACCUCGUGGGAGCACUUUCAAUCAUAAUCUGGACUUUGACAUUGAUGGUCUGCAUCAAAUACAUAUUCAUCGUUCUAGCAGCCGAUGAUGAUGGAGAAGGAGGGACCUUUGCACUCUAUAGUUUACUCGCUCGGUGGGCUCAUAUCGUUCGCCGCGAUCCCAAUGUUUCCGGUGCCUUGAAGAUGGAACGGCAUCUAACAAACGACUUGAAGCCUGUCAAUAGGAGGGUGAGGGGUUUCAUCGAGAAGUCCAAGACAGCUCAGGUUAUUUUGAAGAUACUUGGAGUUUUGGGGGUCUCUAUGGUCAUGUCGUGA